CCUUAGAUUGUUGCCGGUAACGACAACCCGCGAAGCUUCCAGGAAGCUGAGCAUUUUGUUACGUUGAGAAUGAUUAGUUUGCCAAGGUUUUCGAUGAGUUCUGCCAUUCCCAUCCGUACGGGUUGUAUAUAAGGAGCUUCGGAGAAGUAGCAGUGAGGAGUAGGGUGUGCGGCGUCGAGUACGGAGUACUGUUAGGGACGAAGAAGUUGCAGCGGUAGCUGAUACAUCGAGCAUGGCAUCGAGGUGCUACGAGGCUGCGAGGAUCAUGGAGGUUGGCAACCUCAAAGGCGGGGGUGGGGGGCUGGGCAAGGAGGUGCACCACGGGCACGGCCGAACCGCCCACAACAUGUCGUCGUCGUCGCUGCGCAAGAAGUCUGACCUGUCGUUGGUGUCCAAGGUCCGGUGCAGCCCUCUGAGGGCCCUCCUCGCCAAUCUGCAGGAGAUCUUCCUCGGGACGAAGCUCUUCGUCCUGUUCCCCGCCGUCCCACUCGCAAUCGUCGCCAACUACUACCACUUUGGACGCGCGUGGCUGUUUGCAUUAAGCUUGCUCGGUCUCACUCCUCUCGCUGAGCGUGUCAGCUUCCUCACAGAACAAAUCGCAUUCUACACUGGUCCUACUGUGGGUGGACUAUUGAACGCAACAUGUGGGAACGCCACCGAGCUUAUCAUAGCUCUAUUCGCGUUGCAUCAAGGGAAGAUUGACGUGGUCAAGUGUUCUUUAGUUGGAUCCGUCCUGUCCAAUCUAUUGCUUGUCCUCGGCUCCUCCCUCUUCCUCGGCGGUCUCGCCAACCUACACAAAGAGCAACUCUAUGAUCGAAAGCAAGCUGAUGUGAACACUGGUCUUCUGCUGCUGGGCGCGCUUUGCCACAUCCUGCUGUUGAUGUUCAGAUACGCCGUGAACACCGGGGAGCAGGCAGUGGACGCAGCUCCGACGCUGGCGUUGUCGAGAGCAUGCAGCAUGAUAAUGCUCCUCGCCUACGUUGCUUACCUCUUCUUCCAGCUGAAGACCCAUCGCCAACUCUUCGAGUCACAAGAGGAGGAUGGCGAUGACGAUGAUGAUGUGGUAUCUGAAGAUGAGCCAGUCAUCGGAUUUGCAAGCGCAUUGUUAUGGCUGGUAGGGAUGACAGCGGUGAUCGCAUUGCUAUCCGAGUACGUUGUUGGCACCAUUGAGGCUGCUUCAGAUUCAUGGGGUAUAUCGGUGAGCUUUAUCAGCAUCAUCUUGCUUCCGAUAGUUGGCAACGCAGCAGAGCAUGCAGGUGCCAUCAUUUUCGCAUUCAAGAACAAGCUGGAUAUCACUCUUGGUGUUUCCCUUGGUUCAGCAACCCAGAUCUCCAUGUUCGUGGUUCCACUGAGUGUAAUCGUGGCCUGGAUAAUGGGAAUCAAGAUGGAUCUUGAUCUUAAACUGUUAGAAACGAGCUCACUCAUCAUGGCAAUACUAGUCAUAGCCUUCACUUUACAGGAUGGAACUUCACACUACCUGAAGGGACUUGUUCCUCUGCUCUGUUACCUGGCAAUUGGAGCAUGCUUCUUUGUCUUCGAUUCCCAAACUGGUGAGUAUAACUCAUUUUACCCCUUGUUUUUGCUGCAUAAUUUAGCUUCGUUGCAUCAAAAAAUGCAUGUGGAUUCAGAUCUGAAUGGAAUUACAGAUCAAAAUAACGGCAUCGAUGCUGGUGGUCUGACCACAACAGCUGCAGUCACUAAGGCCUACUGAACAGACUGUAUUGCUGAAUCAACCAAAGCAUGCACCUGCUCAAGAACUGGCGCAUCAAAACCUUAUUCUACUAUAUUCAGUUUGUGUUUGGGAGGAAUUGUUUUUCGAGCUAAACCGAAGCAUUGGAGAUGGCCUACUGGUGAGAGCCAAAGAUGGGUUGCAACAAUGAUACCAACAUUUCCAUGAGAGGCUGUUGAAGAGUAAGAAAACUGGAAGACCACGGUGAUAUUGGAUUCAUAUCUCACACGCUGUAAAUUAUCUUCUGCAGUUGUUUCCUCCUGCCUUUUGCUUAUUAGUUCUUUCAGUGUCAGUAGAUUGAUGUUCCCCUGUCAAUGCAAUAAGAAUUUAUUAUAGUAGAUUCUAAAGCAAAGCCUUAAAACUGUGUGAACGACUGUUUGUGAAGCUUGCUGCUGAUGGAAUCUUUCCUCCAAAAA